AUGACAGCUAUCCGGCGCCGAGACACCGACAGACCCUCAGACGAAAGAGCCAUGGCGGCCACGGGUGGAGGGAAAAUUAGAAGCAGGAGAUAUCAUAUCGCUUCUAAACCUUACGCCAAGAGUAAACAGAAAUACUUUAAGAACGGCGACGCCUCUGAAGAAGGAGACGUAGCUCAGGGGACCGACCAGAACUGCCUGCUGCCCCCCCCCCCCAACGGGGGCGAGCAGGGGCCCCCCCCCCUCGAUGGACGGGACUCCCCAGAGCCAAGCACCAGUAACACAGAUACUAACUAUAAAGAUUACGUGCUCUCUCGGCCCCCCCUGAGCCGCUCCCACCUCCACUUCUCUCCCCUGGACGCCUCCUCCCCGGGCCUGGGCGCCUCCAGCAGCCUCUUCUCCCAGCCCUCCACCUCCUCCGCGCCCGGACCCUUUUCCACCGGCUUCUCUCUGGUUAAAGAGAUUAAGGACAACCUCUCGCAGCAUGAGGACGACAACAUCUCCACCACCAGCGGAUUCUCCUCCCGUGCAUCCGACAAGGAUGUCCCCACUUCCAAAACGGCGUCCCUCCCUCAGCUUUGGUCCCCGGAGAUGGACCGAACAAACUCUGGACCUCAGCCGUCCCAGGCGGGUCUCAAAAAGCCUUCUUUCAACCUGUCUGUGUUUGGAACCUCGUCCAAUGUGAGUAUUUACCACAAGCGUGUCGCUGUGAACAGCCUGCUGGGGGACCAGAGAGACCUAAAGGGGACCAGAGAGACCUACAAAGCACCAGAGAGACCUACAGAGGACCAGAGAGACCUACAGAGGACCAGAGAGAACUACAGAGGACCAGAGAGACCUAAAGGGGACCAGAGAGACCAAAAAGAACCAGAGAGACCAAAAAGAACCAGAGAGACCUAA